UGUGAAUUAAAUAAUCAAGCAUAAACCAACAAAUAAAAAACUUAGCGCGCUUAGAGGUCGCUCUUACAGAAACCUGUACGGUUUUUACUGUCAAAUGGUUCAAAUUCAAAUUUUGAAAGCGCAAACGGUUAUUUCUGUCACCGUCUUGUACGAAGUGAACGUUUUUAAAUUCAGUCAAACAAUUAACAAACGAAAUGAACCCUGUGAGCAAAUUCACGCCGAAAAUCCGGCGCGAGAAAACCAUCACAAAAACAGACAAAGACCCCGUGCAAGUUUUUUGCCGGCUUCGCCCCCUUAAAGGUAACGAGGAAUCGACUUGCAUCCGACUGUUAUCACCGACGACACUCGCACUCACCACCCCUGCCGAAUCAAAAAUCAUUCGUAAGGAAAUCCACUGCAAGUUCAAGCACAUUUUUACGGCCUUCGCCACCCAAAACGAGGUUUUUGAACAUGUGGCGUACCCCCUUUUGGAGGAUUUACUCAAGGGUAAAAACGCCCUACUCUUCACUUAUGGGGUCACGGGGUCCGGGAAGACGCACACGCUGACUGGGGACCACAACAACCCGGGGAUUAUGCCCAAGUGUAUCUACACGAUUUUUAAUUCGAUUUCGGCGUUUCAAGCCCCCAAGUGUGUCAUUAAGUCGGAUAAAAUGAACGGGUUUGAGGUGCAAUCGCAGGACGACGCCAUGCAAGAUCAGUUGGCUUUGCUCAGAGCGUCCUCCAAGAGCACCCCCAGGAGCACCGUUAAGCGAAACGGGAAGGAAAAGACUUACGUUAACGACGGUAUUAAAAUCAUGGACGUUAACGAGGGCAACUUGUACUCGGUCUUUGUGAGUUACAUUGAGAUUUAUAACAAUACGGUGUACGAUUUGUUGGAUGAGAACACCGGGAGCCGGAUGCAGGGCAAAAUAUUACGUGAGGAUUCGAAUAAAAACAUGUACGUGAAUGGGGUUGUCGAGACUGAGGUGAAGUCGGCCGAGGAGGCGUUCGAGUUGUUCAACAUCGGACAAAAGCGCAAAAAAAUGGGCAACACAAUUUUAAAUUCAGUCUCAAGUCGGAGUCACUCAAUUUUAAAUAUUCGACUCGUCCAGCUGGAACAAUACUCCCACAAUGCUGAGGGACGUCCCAUGAUCCCUGACAGCAACCUCCUCAAAAUCUCCCAACUGAGUCUAGUUGACUUGGCGGGUUCUGAGCGCACAACACGAACUCAAAACACCGGCCAGUUGUUGAGGGAAGCCAGUCAAAUCAACAACUCGCUCAUGUCUUUGAGGACGUGUCUGGACGUUUUGAGGGAAAACCAAACGACCGGAGGCAACCGACUGGUGCCGUAUCGCGACAGCCGCCUAACUCUCCUCUUCAAAAACUACUUUGAGGGCGAAGGUCGUGUCGAAAUGAUCGUCUGUGUGAACCCCUCAAUUGCCGACUUUGAGGAGAAUUUACAAGUCAUGAAGUUCGCCGAAUCGACCCAAGAUGUGAAAGUGGCACGAUCUGAACCGAAAUACACACCGUGCAAAAGCAAAAUUACGAAGAAAACACCAAUGAAAAGCAAGGCGAGUUUGUUCACACUUGGGCCAAAAAUCCCCGAAUUCAAGCGACAUUUUUCGAGUCUUGACGAAAGUCACGUCGCUUUGGAGCGCUUAAGCAACAUUUUGAAAACCCGAUUUGAGAAAAUCAAAAGUUUGGAUGCGACCUUGGACCAGGAGGAGGCGCGGUUCAGGAAGCGCUUGCUGGAGAUACAGCAGGAAAACAUUCUGGGGAAGUCCGAAGUUAAGAGUAGUAAAGCACUGCUUAAGAAGGAGAAACAAAGGUCGUACAACAUGGAGGCGAAAUUGGCCGACGCCGAGGCCCGGGCCGGUGAUUUCCGGGCGAAAAUACGCGACUAUCAGGAUGAGAUAGCGUCGUUACGCAACAUUAUUGCCGAGAAGGAUUUGAAAAUUAAUAAAAACAUACUAGAGAAGGAGAAAACCAAGCAAAAGCUGGCCCUCCAGACGGAGAAAAUGACCCAGGAGCUGGACGCGAAGUUGCGAAGGCAGCGUGAGCACUUGCAAGCCGCUGCCAAAGCCAAGGAAAACAAGCUGCAAAAAGUGCGCGAAAUCCUGGAUAAGGAGAUAACGCCGCCGGAAAUAGAAGAGGAGCAAGCGCCUCUGGAGGAGACGCCCAAGCAGCAGACGAGGAGGCGAUACGUGGGGACGCCGGCCGCCACCAGGAGGCGGUCCCGGUCCGCGGGGCCCACUGAGGUGUGGCUUGAGCACAAUUCGGUUAAGCCAGUGCCGCUUGGUACCGUCCUUCAACCGUCCAUGAAAAAACGCAAGUCGGUUACCAAGUUGAGUAAAGCUAGCGAUGUUACGAACCCGAAGCAGAGCAAAUAUUGUCUGAUAGCGCAGGAACAGGACGAUGGUGGGGUUGAAACUAGGGUUUACAAGGGCGAUAUUGUGCCCACGUGUGGGGGCGGGGCCCAGGUGAUUUUUAACGAUGUGGAGAGACUAAGACAGGAGUCGCCAACGGCUGAUGCGGAUUGAUUUUUUUUAUUAUAAUAAGCUCUAUUUUUUUAUUUGUUGGUUUAUGUGUGAUUGUACUUAACUGGAUAAUAAAUUAAUUUAUAUCA